GUCGUUCACAUACUGAGUAAGUGAUAAGGAGGAGUGUGAGCGAGUUAAUUAUGCUCGUGCAUAGGACAGCACCAGCGACCAGCCACACAAAGCAGUCUGAAUGUUACAACUCUAUCACGCCAUGCAUUUGCAAGCAUCACGCAUGGCCUUUAUCGAUGGCGCCCUGGGCGCCGGCCGCAGUGCACGCGUUGGGUGCGCGACGGCUCAGGAGCUCCAGUUUCCCCCCGCUCGCAACGCCGAGCUCGGCUGCCGAGACUGCCAACGGCUCAAGCCCUUCGUCGAUAGUCGCCUCGCUACGUGAGCUUGUGAAGUCAUCGCCUCCGCCGUCCAGCAGCUUCCCAGCUGGCAGCGGUGGCAGCAGCCCUAGCAGCAACAGCAGUGACGGCCGCGGCGGCCGUCAGGAGCUUGACGCCAGGGCCGACCAGCUUCUGUCCAGCUUCCGUGCCGCCACGUGCGAUGGAUCCAAAGGCACGGGCGACGGCCGCCACGUGGCGGGCGCCAUAUGGGCCGCCGGCAAGCUGGCGACCCCGUGCUGCCUGCGCCACGGCCGGGCGCUGCUGCAGGGCCUCACAGGCUCGGUCGGCGGCGGCGGCGGCGGCGGCAGUGCCGCUGCAGCUCAUCAUGGUCGGGGCGGCACCGGCGGGGAUGUCAGUGCCGGCCUGGCCCAGCUAUCCAACCAGUCAGUCAGCACGGCACUGUACGCGGCCGCGCUGCUGAGCCGGCAGCUGCCGGGCGGCGGCAGAGGAGCAGGAGGCGGCGGCAGCGCAAGUAGUGAUAAGGGGAACAGCGGUAGCGGAGCGCCGAGGCGAAGUCAGGCGGAUAAUGAGGGGCAACAGGAGGGACGGGGCGCGCGGGAGGAGGACCUGCUAGCGGGGCUUCGGGCCCCGGCUGAGGCGCUCGCGGCCGCCUGUUUGCCGCGCCUGGACUCUCUCAACGCGCAAGAUGUGGCCAACACCUGGUGGGCGCUGGCGACGCUGUCAGUGAACCUUCCCCCGCCGACAACCGGCGGCGGCUCCGCCCUGCGACUGCCCCCAGGGCUGCUGUCGGGUCUCGGCGCAGCCGCUGCCGCCCUCAUUGCUGAGGAGGCUGCCGGCGGCGGCAGCAGCGGCAGCAGCAGCGGCAGCUGGCCCGGCAGCAGCAACAGGAACGGCGGUAGCAAGGGCAAGAGUAAAGGCGCCGGCAGGGGCGGGGGAAGGGGCGGCGGCGGUGGCAGCGGUGGCGUGUCCAUGGUGGGGCUGGCGAACCUGCUGUGGGGCUGCGCGAAGCUGGGCUUCCGACACGAGCCGCUGCUGCUCGCGGCGGUGCGGUCGCUGCAGCCGCGGCUACAGGAGCUCGCAGCCGCCGAGCCCCGGGCCCUCGCCACCUGUCUGUGGGCCCUGGCAACAUUGGACGGCUUACCAGCCGAGCUAGAAGAUCCCGAGGUAGCCAGCACUAACGGCAGGGGCGCCGGCAGCGGCGGGGAUGGAGGGGCUAAGGGCCAGCAGCAGCUGGCUGCGGGCCGGGCUCGGCGGCUGAGGCGGAAGCGGCGGCAGGGCCAGGGCGCAGGCGAGGCGGGGGCAGGGGCAGGGGCGGGGGCGGGGGCGGGGUCGGACGAGGUGCGAGGGUUGCUGGCGGCGGCGGCGCGUGUGCUGGCGCUGCGUGUCGAGCGCUUUGAUGACCAGUCUCUGUCCAACCUGCUGUGGGCUUACGGCAGCACGCGCGUGCCGGCCUCCCGGCUGCUGACACGGGCCGCAGAGGAGGUGCGCCGCAGGGCUGGAUCCAUGGACCUGCAGAGCCUGGUCACGUGCGUGUGGGCGUACGGCCGUGCGGAGCACACGCACGUGCCCAUGCUGGCCGCGGUGGCGGCCGCGCUGGCUGCGCCCGCGGCAGCGGCGGCGGAGCGGCGCGGCCGCGGCGCGGGCGCAGGUGUGGGUGCAGGUGCAGGUGUGCAGGAUGCUAAGCACCAGCAGCAACAGCAGCAGGAGCAGCAGCAGGAGCGGGGCGGCUUCGUGACGGCACUGGAGGAGCGGCUUGCGAACUGCAGGGGCCGCCGCCCUCAGGCCGUGUCCAAUCUUGCGUGGACCUACGCGGCGCUGGGUGUGCGGCAUGACGGCCUGGUGGACGCACUGCUGGCCGCAGCCACCGGAGCCGCAGCCUCCGGAGCCGCAGCCACCGGAGCCGCAGCCUCCGGAGCCGCAGCCUCCGGAGCCGCAGCCGCCAGCAACAUGAAUGCGGGCGGCAUCAGCAGCACCGGCACCAGCACCAGCGCCAGCACCAGCACCAGCACCAGCACCAGCACCAGUCGCAACGGUACUGGCAGUGACAGUGGCAGCGAAAGCACUGUCAGGGCUACUGGCAGCGGCACCGCGGGACGGCAUGCCUCGCAAGCCGGCGGCGCGCCCGCCGCAGCUGGCGGCGGCGGCGGGCUCGCCGGCGCCAUGAGCGGCCGAGAGCUGUCCAUGGUCUUGUACUCGGCGGCGCGGCUGCGGCCGGAGCUGGCGGCGGUGUGGCCGCUGGCGCUGCAGGCUCUCUUGGAUGAGGUUGACCGGCGUGUGGCGCCGCCGCUUGCGUAUGCUGGUGGCCCCGCCGGAGCGCCGGCUCUACAGCCUGCACCACCACCGCUGCUCUCUGGGCGGGACCUCGCCAUAAUCGCCUGGGCGCUGGCGGUGCUGGCCCCGGGCAGUGACACGCUGCGGCGGGUGUUGCUGGCGGCGGCGCGGCGGCACCAGGCCCAGCCGCUGCCGGCAGCUCUUGUGGCACACCGCUCCGGCAGUGUUGGGCCUGAGCAGGAGGAAGCUGCGGAACUGGGCAGGGAGGAGGAGGAGGAGGAGGAAGAGGAGGAGGAGGGGGGCGUGCCGCGGGGUCAGGUGCCGCGGGGCGUGCCGUACCACCUGUACGGCCUGUCACAGCUGUACCUGGCGAACUACGCCUGGUCCAUGGCGGCGGCGGUGGCCGCCGACCACCACCACCACCAGCAGCAGCAGCAGCAGCAGCAGCAGCAGCAGCAGCAGCAGCAGCAGCAGCAGCAGCAGCAGGAAAAGGGCGCAUCUGCAGGCGUGCAGGCGGAAACACUGCAAGCGGCGGAGGUGAACGGCACAUGGCUCAAGCUGCAGGGGGCACGUGCCGGCGCCAGCGGCGCGUGCAGCUCGCAGGUGGUGGCAUUGGUGCAGCAGGCGGCAGAAGCCAUGCGGCAGGCGGAGGCAGCCGCCGCCGGCUCGGUCCCCAGCAAUACAGCAGGCAGUGGCGUCGUGGAGGGCGGCUCGGCGGCUGUGGUGGCCUUCGGGCCGCUGGCAGAGGCUGAGGCUGGCGGCGGCGCGGCGCUGUUUGUGGCGGCGCGCAAUGCCUGGCACAUCAACACGGUAUCGUUUGAGCGGUCGGGGACGCAGGACGCCGUGGCCGAGUGCCUGGGCUCGCAGGUCGUGGGGGCGGCUGCAGGCGCAACGUCAGCUGCGUCGGGGUGCUCCGCACCCAGCGCCGGCGCGGCGGCGGCGGUGGUGGCGGCGGCGGGGUUGGAGGUGCAGGCGGUGGCGACCGAGGUGCUCUCGCCGGACCGCAUGAGCCGAGUGGACGUGGCGGUGCAGUGCGGCGGGGGCUGGCUGGUGCUGCUGCACGUGGACGGCCCCACACACUUCGCACUCGACGUAGGACAUGACGUCGAUGUCCACGACACAAGUACGGCAGAAACAUCAGCAGCAGCAGUAGCAGGCACUGGCGCUGCUACUGCUGCUACUGCUGCUGCUUCCGGCGCGGCUGCAGCUACGGGUGGUGCUGCGAACGGCGGUGUUGACAGUGCGGACGGCGCGGCCGACGUGGACUUGGUUGAGGUGUCGCUGGUGCCGUCGCGGUGCCGGCGGCGGCUGGGCGACACCGUGCUGCGGGACCGGCUGCUGUGCGCUGCGGUGGGCGCGGCGGCCGCGUACGCCUCUGCGGCAUCGCGCUCUGAGAGCGCCUCUGAGGGACAAGCGGUGUACGGCGCAGGCGGGCCGGAGGAGCGCCCCAGCGGCUGCUGCGGGCAGCUGCAGGGUGCUGCGCUGGUGUCGCUGAGCAGCGGCCGCCUGGGCGCCGUGCGGCCAGCGGAGCCGUGGGUCGCGGCGGCGGUGCAUGCGGGGCUGCGGCCGGGUGCCGUGGGGGCGGGUGCAGAGGAAGCCGGGUGCGGGGGAGAGGGCGCGGCGGGAAUGGCAGGAGGCCGGGCCGUGGCCGUGGCCGCGCUGAGCGUGGCGGACUGGCAGGCGGCACGGGCUGGGGGUGUGUCCGACACGGGGCUUGCAGGAGCUGGGUGUGAGUGGCGCCAUGGCCUUGCGCCGCUGCUGGCGGCCGUGAUACGCGAUGUCGCGGCUAGUCGCUAAUUUGCUAAAGAAGUGUAGUCUUGGUGACGAUGACGUUUGGGGGGAACUGGCGAACUGCCGUUCAGGGCGUCAGGUGAGGUCAGGUGUUGGGGGCCAGUCAUAAGGUGAUGCAGACAAACCG